AUGGGGACCGAAAGCAAAGGUGGGCUCUUUCGUUAUGCUGAUAGGACGGACAAAUUGUUGCUGUUGUUUGGAAUUCUGGGCAGCAUGGGAGAUGGGAUGAUGUCUCCACUUUCCAUGUAUGUGCUUAGCGGUGUUAUCAACGAGCUUGGAUCCUCUGAUAUCUCUGCCUCCAAUGAGAUCGUGGACAAGUACACGCUCAGGCUGCUCUAUGUUGCAAUCUUAGUGGGAGUAUCUGCUUUCAUUGAAGGAGUCUGUUGGACAAGAACUGCAGAGAGACAGGCAUCUCGUAUGAGGGUGGAAUACCUGAAAUCAGUCCUCAGGCAAGAAGUCAGUUACUUUGACAACCAGACUGCUUCUUCCACUACCUUCCAAGUCGUCUCCAUCAUCUCCUCAGACGCUCAUACAAUCCAAGACACCAUUGCCGAGAAAAUACCUAAUACCCUAGCUCACCUCACAUCAUUCAUCUUUUGCCUCGGAGUUGCAUUUAUACUCUCUUGGCGACUGGCACUGGCCGCCUUACCAUUUUCACUCUUGUUUAUCGUUCCAGGAGUUGUGUUUGGGACGGUACUUAAGAAAUUAGGAGGGAAAGGCAAGGAUGCUUAUGACAUCGCUGGUGGGAUUGCAGAACAAGCAAUAUCAUCAAUUCGAACUGUCUAUUCAUAUGUUGGGGAGAAUCAAACACUAAACAGGUUUAGCCAUGCUCUGCAGGAAAGAAUGGAGCUUGGUAUAAAACAAGGCUUCACUAAAGGAUUGUUGAUGGGGAGCAUGGGAAUGAUUUAUGCAGCUUGGGCUUUCCAGUCUUGGGUCGGAAGCGUCCUUGUUACUGAGAGAGGAGAAAAAGGUGGUGCUGUUUUUAUUGCUGCGGUCUGUACGACAAUAGGAGGAGUGGCAAUUAUGGGUGCGCUGCCCAAUCUCUCUUUCAUCUCCCAGGCAACCAUUGCUGCCACGCGGAUUUUUGAGAUGAUUGAUCGAAUUCCAGAUAUAAAUUCUGAAGACGAAAAGGGGAAAAUUCGAGCAUAUGUGAGAGGAGAGAUAGAAUUUAAAGAGGUUGACUUCAGUUACCCAACAAGACCUAAUACCCCAAUUCUUAAAGGAUUCAAUCUAAAAGUGCAAGCAGGUAAGACUGUGGGUCUUGUUGGAGGCAGUGGUUCUGGCAAGUCCACAGUAAUAUCUUUGCUUGAGAGAUUCUAUGAUCCUGUCAACGGGAACAUUCUCCUUGAUGGACACCAAAUAAAGAGGCUUCAGCUUAAAUGGUUAAGAUCCCAUAUGGGACUGGUUAAUCAAGAGCCUAUUCUUUUUGCAACAUCAAUAAUGGAAAACAUUCUGUUUGGGAAGGAAGGAGCUUCAAUGGAAGAAGUUGUGAAGGCAGCUAAGGCUGCAAAUGCCCAUGACUUCAUUGUUAAGUUAACAGAUGGAUAUGAAACCAAGGUAGGGCAACUCGGAGUUCAGUUGUCAGGAGGUCAAAAACAAAGGAUUGCGAUUGCAAGGGCCUUAAUAAGAGAUCCAAAAAUUCUCUUACUUGAUGAAGCCACAAGUGCUCUGGAUGCACAGUCUGAGAAAAUAGUACAGGAAGCCUUGGACCAGGCUUCUCAAGGAAGGACAACAAUUAUUAUAGCUCACCGUCUCACCACAAUUCGUAAGGCUAAUUUGAUAACUGUACUUCAAUCAGGAAGAGUGAUCGAAUCUGGUUCUCAUGAUGAGCUGAUGCAAAUGAACAAUGGAGAAGGUGGGGCCUAUAGCAAAAUGGUGAAAUUGCAGGGAUCAGCAACGAGUAAUCAAACAGAAGGUAGAAACCAUAUUAGCUUGAUGAGAGCCCAGACUCCUCAGACACCACUCAGUGUGAGAUCAAGUUAUCAAAACAGCCCGGUCUAUCCAUUUAGCCCAGUAUUUUCAAUCGACAUGGCACACUCCUUCCAAAUGCAUGGCUAUGAAAACCAAAAUGAAAAAAACAUAAAGAAUAAUCCUGAUUCUCCUUCUACCAAACUGCGUUUGCUGCAAAUGAGUGUAACUGAAUGGAAAAGAACUGUACUUGGGUGUGUAGGUGCUGCUGGUUCUGGAGCAAUUAAUCCAGUAUAUGCUUACUGCUUAGGAUCAGUUGUCUCGGUUUACUUUCUUAAAGACAAUUCCAGGAUCAAAUCAGAAACCAGAAUGUAUUGCUUCAUCUUCUUAGGACUAACAGUUUUAAAUUUCAUCUCUCAUCUCCUUCAACAUUACAAUUUUGCGAUCAUGGGAGAGCAUUUAGUCAAAAAAGUGCGAGAGAAAAUGCUUGGAAAAAUACUCACCUUUGAAAUUGGGUGGUUUGAUCAGGACGAGAACACAAGCGCAGCAAUUUGUGCACGACUAGCUAAUGAAGCUAACAUGGUUCAAUCCUUCAUUGCAGAUCGGAUGUCAUUACUGAUUCAGGUCUUCUUCAGUGCUUCGCUGGCUUUUACACUGGGAUUGCUGGUUACAUGGAGGAUAGCCAUUAUUAUGAUUGCCAUUCAGCCUUUAGUCAUCGGGAGCUUUUACUCUAAAAGUGUUCUGAUGAAAAGUAUGUCAGAAAAAGCUCGGAAAGCACAAAAUGAGGGAAGCCAACUAGCAAGUGAAGCUACCAUUAACCACAGGACUAUUACAGCCUUUUCCUCUCAGAACAGGAUAUUGGGUCUUUUCAUAGAAACAAUGAAAGGCCCAAAGAAGGAGAGCAUCAAACAAUCAUGGUUUUCAGGAAUUGGCUUGUUCACCUCCCAAUUUCUCACAACAGCUUCUAUAGCAUUGGUUUACUGGUAUGGAGGGAGGAUAAUGAAUCAAGGAUUGGUCACACCAACACACCUUUUUCAAGCAUUCUUCAUCCUGAUGAGCACCGGCAAGAACAUUGCAGAUGCAGGGAGCAUGACUUCUGAUUUAGCAAAAGGAGGCAAUGCCAUCAAAACAAUUUUUACAAUUCUAGACAGGAGAAGUGAGAUAGAACCUGAAGAGCCUAGAGGUAAGGAAGCUAUAAAGGAUACAUCCGGACACAUAGAACUAAAAAAUAUAUUCUUCUGUUAUCCAUCAAGACCUGACCAAAUGAUCUUCUGCGGCCUAAGUUUGAAAAUUGAAGGAGGAAAAACAGUGGCACUUGUCGGACAAAGUGGGUCGGGAAAAUCUACUAUUAUUGGGUUAAUUGAAAGAUUUUACGACCCGCAAAGUGGAGUAGUUUUGAUAGAUGAAUGUGACAUCAAGAACUACAACUUGAGAAGUUUGAGGUUACGUAUUGCGUUAGUAAGUCAGGAGCCGACACUUUUUGCAGGAACUAUCCGCGAGAAUAUUACUUACGGUAAAGAGGAUGCUACAGAAGCUGAAAUAAGGAAGGCUGCAACUCUAGCCAAUGCUCACGAAUUUAUAAGUUCCAUGAAAGAUGGUUAUGAAACGUACUGUGGAGAAAGAGGAGUUCAGCUGUCUGGAGGGCAGAAGCAGAGGAUUGCCCUUGCUCGAGCAGUAUUGAAGGAUCCGAUGAUUUUACUUUUGGAUGAGGCGACGAGUGCACUUGACAAUGUGUCAGAGAAUCUUGUCCAGGAAGCAUUGGAGAAGAUGAUGGUUGGGAGAACAUGUGUAAUUGUAGCUCACAGAUUGUCCACAAUACAGAAGGCAGACACCAUAGCUGUGAUAAAGAAUGGGAAGGUUGUGGAACAAGGGUCGCACUCCAAUCUACUAGCCACAGGGACUGGAGCCUACUACUCUCUAAUUAAGCUACAAGGUAGUAACUCUCCUUACAGGUGAAACACUGCGAUAGU